AUGCUCCGAUCUCGCCAGGCCAAGCCCUUUUCACAAGCCGACCAGGGACUGAACCUAACCGCCACCUUCCCCUCCGAGAUCUAUUUCCUCGACACCUGCUCGCCCUUGGUCUACAAACACGUCACCCUCAAUGAGGGCAAUGCGGACAAUUUCUUCCUUGGCCUGGCGGAUGGCAAGAUGAAGAAGGGCGAAAUGCAACAGGUACCAGACAAGCGAGUCCUUGGUGAUAUCACUUGGCUAGGUUAA